AUGCUUAGAGUAAAUACAAGGGCACGUUUGUUGCACCGGAUGGCAGCAAAGUUGCUGCCUCCAAGACUUACGCUUGCUAGAACCCUUGCUACCGAUUCGUUUCUUCAAGGCAAUAAUGCUAACUAUGUGGAUGAAAUGUACAAUGCUUGGCGCCAGGACCCAUCUAGUGUCCAUGUUUCUUGGAAUGCUUAUUUCAAGAACAUUGAAACCACGGGAUCUGCAUCGCUGGCCUUCCAGGCUCCUCCAACUAUCGUUCCAACCCCAGCUGGAGGUGCUGCUAGUUUCAACCCUAGCUCUUCUUCGUCGCCUGACGUUGUUGCUCACUUGAAGGUGCAGUUGUUGGUGAGAGCCUAUCAAGUCAGAGGACAUCAAAAGGCCAAGAUUGAUCCUUUGGGCAUCUCGUACGGUGACACCGAAGACUUGCCAAAAGAGUUGUCUUUAGACUACUAUGGCUUCACCGAAGCUGACCUUGACAAACAAAUCACCUUGGGGCCAGGUAUCUUGCCCAGAUUCGCUGAGUCGGGCAAAAAAACCAUGUCGCUUCGUGAAAUCGUCGACACUUGUGAGCGUUUGUACUGUUCUUCUUACGGUGUGGAAUACAUUCACAUCCCUUCAAAGGAGCAGUGUGACUGGUUGCGUGAACGUAUUGAAAUCCCUCAACCAUACAACUUCUCUCCUGAUGAAAAGCGUCAAAUUCUUGACCGGUUAAUAUGGGCUUGCUCUUUCGAGUCUUUCUUGUCUUCCAAAUUCCCCAACGACAAGCGUUUCGGUCUUGAAGGUGCCGAGUCCUCCGUUCCCGGUAUCAAAGCUUUGAUCGAUACUUCCGUCGAGUACGGCGUGGAAGAUAUCGUGAUUGGUAUGCCCCACAGAGGUAGAUUGAAUAUGUUGUCCAAUGUGGUGCGUAAACCUAAUGAGUCUAUCUUCUUCGAAUUCACCGGUUCCAAGGAAUUUGAUGAAGGUUCGGGAGAUGUCAAGUACCAUCUUGGUAUGAACUACGCCAGACCAACCACUUCUGGUAAGCACGUUAACUUAUCUCUUGUCGCCAACCCUUCGCACUUGGAAGCCGAGGAUGGUGUUGUUCUUGGUAAGACUCGUGCCAUUCAGCACUACAAACAUGACAUUGGUACUUUCAAGAAGGCUAUGCCAAUCUUGAUGCAUGGUGAUGCCGCUUUCUCCGCUCAAGGUGUUGUGUACGAAACUAUGGGUUUCGAAAACCUUCCUGCCUACUCUACCGGUGGUACCAUUCAUGUCAUUGUCAAUAACCAAAUUGGUUUCACUACUGACCCUAGAUUUGCUCGUUCUACCUUGUAUCCUUCCGACAUCGCUAAGGCCAUCAACGCUCCCAUCUUCCACGUUAACGCAGAUGAUGUUGAGGCUAUGGUGUUCGUUUUUAACUUGGCUGCCGAAUGGCGUGCUACUUUCCACUCUGAUGUUCUUAUCGAUGUGGUUGGUUACCGUAAAUACGGUCACAACGAGACUGAUCAACCAUCUUUCACUCAACCUUUGAUGUACAGAAAGAUUGCCGAGAAGAAGUCUGUUCUUGAUUACUAUACCGAACAAUUGAUCAAGGAAAAGACUUUCACGAAGGAAGAUAUCGACGAACAUAAGAAAUGGUGUUGGGGAAUGUUGGAAGAGUCUUUCAAGAAGUCCAAGGAUUACCAACCUACUUCAAGAGAAUGGUUGACUACCCCAUGGGAAGACUUCAAGUCUCCCAAGGAAUUAGCAACUGAAGUGCUUCCUCACUUACCUACUGCGGUAGAGGAGGAUACUCUCAAGAAGAUCGGUGAUGUCAUUUCUGACGCACCAAAGGGUUUUGAGAUUCACAGAAACUUGAAGAGAAUCUUGAACACCAGAAAGAAGGCUGUUGAAACCGGUGAAGGAAUCGACUGGUCUACUGGUGAAGCUUUGGCUUUUGGAUCUUUGGUAUUGGAAGGAUACCACGUUCGUGUUUCCGGUCAAGAUGUCGAGAGAGGAACUUUCUCUCAACGUCAUGCGGUGCUUCAUGAUCAAUCUUCUGAACAAACUUACACACCAUUGAACCACCUCAGCGAGGACCAGGCUGCUUUUGUCAUCUCCAACUCGUCUUUGUCUGAGUACGGUGUCAUGGGCUUUGAGUAUGGUUACUCUUUGACCUCGCCAGAUGCUUUGGUUAUGUGGGAAGCUCAGUUUGGUGACUUUGCCAACACUGCCCAAGUUGUCAUUGACCAGUUCAUUGCCGCUGCCGAAUCCAAGUGGAAGCAACGUUCAGGAUUGGUUCUUUCUCUUCCUCACGGUUACGAUGGUCAAGGUCCUGAGCAUUCUUCAGGUCGUAUUGAGCGUUACUUGCAGCUUUGUAAUGAAGACCCACGUUACUUCCCUGCCCCAGAAAAGUUGGAGCGCCAACAUCAAGACGCCAACAUGCAAGUUGCAUACCCAACCACCCCUGCUAACUUGUUCCACUUGUUGAGAAGACAGAUGCACCGUCAAUUCCGUAAGCCAUUGGCUCUUUUCUUCUCCAAGUCUUUGUUGCGUCAUCCUCUUGCAAGAUCUCAGUUGUCUGACUUUACUGGCGACUCGCACUUCCAAUGGAUCAUCGAUGAUGUCGAAUUAGGCAAGAGCAUUUCUGCCAAGGAGGACAUAAAAAGAUUGAUCAUAUGUACCGGUCAGGUCUACACCGCAUUGCACAAAAAGAGAGCAAGCCUUGAAGACAAGUCUACUGCCAUCGUGAAGGUUGAGCAAUUGCACCCAUUCCCAUUCGCCCAAUUGCGUGACACCUUGAACUCUUACCCUGGUCUUGAGGAUAUUGCAUGGUGUCAAGAAGAGCCAUUGAACAUGGGUUCAUGGUCUUACGUUGCCCCACGUUUCGCCACCACCUUGAAGGAGACUGACAAGUACAAGGACUUGACCUUGCGUUAUUGUGGUCGUGAUCCUUCCGCAUCUGUUGCUGCGGGAUCCAAGGGUAUGCACACUGGAGAAGAAGAAAAAUUCUUAGAGGCUGCUUUUGAAGCUGUAUAG